AUGUCCACAAAACAAUUUUAUCUUUCGGGCGAGUCGCCGUCAACAGCCAGAGAGGUUGAGCUGCCGCCCACUCUGGAAUUUGAGGAGCUCCAAAACAUUGUCGCAUCUCACUUUGCCAUCGUCAAGCCAAACGGUGUCGGCUUUGUUCACAAUGAUCGAAGACUCAACGCAGUAUCCGAAGUCUUGGAGAAAGAAGAGCCAAUUGCAGUCUCCAUUAAUGGCAAUGCUGUUCGAGACGUGCCUGGUCCUGCUGGCGUUCCAUACUUCGGUAACUACCUAGAGAUCUACCCCGAUCAUAUCGGCAACCACCAGCGACUAUUCGAAAAAUACGGACCGUUGUUCGUCACCAACAACAUGGGCAACCGACUUUACCAGACCAACAACGCCGAACUGUCCAACAUAUUCCUUGCCGAAGACCACUACUUCACAAAAGAGAUCGUCCCCGGCCAUCCCCUCCACCCAAUCAAGAACCAAGAAGCAGGAGUCUUUCUAGCCGACACCAACACAGAGCAAUGGCGUCUUGCUCAUAAAUUCCUCCCUCCUGCUCUUGGACCGAAAGCAGUUCGUCAUUACGCCCCAACAAUGCAGCGAACAGUGGAGCAGUCCUUCAAAGUCUUCGAUGAGCUCGAUGAAAAGGGCGAGGCGUGGAAUGUUUACCAGUACAUGCUGAAGCUUGGCUCCCAGGCAGUGGGUAAGCUUGUUCUAGGUAUGGAUUUUGCGCAUUUCGAGGAGGUGGACUCGCCGCUGCACGAGAUGGUCCUCAAGAUUGCGGAGAACCUGGAGCUGAAUAAGCGUGUGUCGUCGAUGGGGGCUUGGUAUGCCAAGAUGCCGUUUGGCGAUCCGAAGAAAAUGAGAGAUAUAAGCACUAGGAUCAUGGAGAUGAUGACGGAGUCGAUUGCUAGGGCUUCAAAGGGACAAGAGGAUCUGGAGCUACAGGAUGCAGCACUUAAAGCUGAGAAUGUUGUUGAUUAUUUUCUGCGUGCCAAGGACAACAAGGGAAACAAGCUUCCGCCGUCCCAAUUCGCCCCGACAUUGCUCGUAGCUACUGGCGCCGGCUUCACCACGACGUCAUCUUUGCUAUCCUGGUUGAUCUACAGUCUUGUAAAGUACCCGGGAAACCAAGAGCGUCUUCUUCAAGAACUCAUCGACAACGAUUGGGAUGACGAUACGCAUGUCACAGCCGAGACAACCAACAAGCUCAGCUUCCUAGAUAAGUUCAUCAAGGAAACACAGCGCCUGCACAAUCCCUCCUUUCAGCCCGGGCGCACCGCCAAGGUUGAUAUGAUUCUACCAGGCGGCUACAGACUUCCCAAAGGAGCAGUGGUGAUCUCAGCACUGCAUCACAUGCACAACAACAAGGACGUAUGGGAGAACCCUGGCCGCUUUGACCCCGAUCGCUGGGAUACAGAACAGGUCAAGAACCGACCUCCUGGCUCUUACAUCCCAUUCGCGACAGGUCCCAGAAUGUGUGUCGGGUUCAACUUUGCGUUACAGGAGAUCAAGGUGUUUUUACCGAAGCUUGUUUACCGAUACAAGUUCAGCUUGGCGCAGGAUGGGCCUGUUGACUAUGACCCGUACUUUCAGCUGAUUCGGCCGAAUAAUUUGUAUGUACAGGCGGAGAAGAGGGUGAAAUGGCCACCAAAGUCUGAGUAA